AUGGCGUGCUCCAAGAUAACAAAUACGGCUAUGGCGCUGUGCAAAGCAACGCCGACGAGCACCUUUUUCUGGCGUCCGAUUAUUAUACCGGCCGUCAUUGGCGUUAGAUACAAACAUGCUUAUUUGAGCAAGAAUAACGCCUUCAUGUCAAAGGAAGCUCUCAAGAAGGAGCUGAAAUGGGUCGGAAACGAUCGAGUGGCGCUCAUGGGCCGUAUAGAGAAGAUGCUUACGGGUGACGAAUUUGAGAAGGCGGUGGCUUUGGUUAUGGCUGCGGAGAAGGAAGGCGUGGAGUCCAUUGCUUCGUGGAACGCUCUUCUAAGUGAAGAAUUGAAGAAGAAUGGGCCGGAGAUGGGUUUCAAGUUAUUCAAUGACCUUAAGAAACGGGGGGUCAAACCAAACGCGCAUACCUAUUCGAUGCUUUUCCGUGAGCUGGCAGACCAUCCCUCGAAAAAGGCCGUACAGAUCGGAAUGUCUCUCUAUGAUACGCUAAGACGCGACUCGACCGUGCCACCUUCGAUUCAGCACACCAAUGCGAUGCUACAGGUUUGCAGCAAUCACAACAACAUGGGUGCUCUGUGGGAGAUUGUAGGCGAGCUUCCUACAAAAGGGCCUGGGGCACCCGACAACGUGACGUAUUCCACGAUCUUAGGCGCCAUCCACAAGAAUGCCAAGGCCGUGACUGACAAGCUGCAUCCCAUACGGGACGAUAAGCUAAUCAAGCAGAAGAAAAUACCUGUGUUGCGUGAAGGAAGGUUGCUGUGGGCAGAUAUUGUGGCAAGGUGGCGUGAAGGAGAAAGGAACUCUGGUUCUCGUCGCUCGGCUGAAUCGCAGGAGGAUGAAUAUGGACCUACUGCUGCUGAAGAAAUAUCCUCUGAAGUUUUAUUCAAACCUGUCAACCUUGACGAUAUUCCCGUCCAAGCCACGCCAGGAUUUGGGGCUCGCAAACCUCCCAAAGCCACUUAUCCUUUACCGACGAACCCGGAACUCACCAUAAUCUUACGGGCUUGUCGGCAUUUCGCUGAGGGACCUGCCAUCGGCAAACAGUACUGGACCAUGCUUACCGCACCUGAUGGACCAUUCAAAAUUAACCCAGAUCGCACGUCUUACCAUGAAUACCUGCGUACCUUACGGGCAACUCGGUCAAGCGCGCUGUCUCUCCAAGUUAUCGAAAAGGAAAUGAUACCCAAAGGGAUUGCCUUCACGAAUACUUUCAUUAUCGCACUCAGCACCUGUUUCCGUGACAAAAACAAUCCAAAUGUUCUCGAAACAGCCGGAGCUUUAAUAGACCUCAUGCCUACAACAUGGGCCGGUUCCCAUCCCAAGCCUCUUUCUGCCUAUAUCGACCUUGUUCGAAACGCGGUUUUGCCGCGAAAAAUCUACGCAGAUACCAGGAUCGAUAGCCCAUUCCCGGAACGGGAUCCAAACGUGCUUUACAAGAAUAGACUCCUCGACGGCAUCAAUCAUCUGACGCCCCACAUUAAGAAGCUUCAACAAUUCAUACGCAGCCGGAAUCGCAGGGAUGCUGUGGACGCAAAAACGUACGGCGACAGGGAGGAGACUCUGGAGCAUGGUGCUUCUUCUCCGGCUGCUCUAGCGGAUGAAUCCCAUCUCAUCCUGAAGCGAAUCGCCGGCAUGGUUAAAGAUCUCCUGGACCCGUCGAUAGCGCCUUCGUUGAGUGACGACGAGACCAAGCAAUUGAGCGUGCAGGCGAGUAGGCUUCAACGGAUUUUGAACCCCGGGCCUCCCUUGCCGCCUUGA